UAUUUAUAUUUGUUUAUUUUACACCCCUAAAAUUUAUCUAAACUUAUUUGAUUAUUUAAAUAAAUCGAUUGUGAACAAGGUCUGGUUUUCAUUUGCACCUAAAGAAUUUAGCCUAAAAAAAAAAAGAGAUUAUUACGUGGAUUUUAGAAUUUGUAACGUCGCAACGGGCUCUACAUUGGGUGAUAUAACGACUACUAAUUAUCAUCCGACGCCUUUCAUUUUUUGAAAAAAAGAGAGGUGGUAUAAUUUUGAAUCCUGCAGUACCGAAUGUAAAUGGCGGUGCUUCAACUUCUCGUCAUCCGUCCGAUCAAAAGAGCCGGUAUCGGACGACCCCAAACUGGACAAGGAGGACGCGGGAAACUGCGUUUGCGGUGGCCAGUGUCCUGGAUUAUGGGUUUACUAAAACGCAUUGGGCAUUGCUUUUCUCCUAUUUCCGAGGGAAGCUAGGAUUAGGAUGGCCGGAGGCGGAGCGAAGGCGGAGCCGGAGGAAGAGCUUUCGAGUAGCAGUGGUGGCGGGAGUUCUGAGAACUGGGAGAGGUCAGAAGAAGGCGUUACCAAAUCCAAGAACAAAGUGCUGCCAGAUGGUUUUCUCGACCCUCUUCCUCGUCAGAAAUCCGCCAAGCUGCAACGGUUUUCUAAUGAAAUGGCCUUAAGGGGAGCAAAAGGAGAGCCACAUAAGCAGGGCAUGGUCAUUAAGGAUAUCCCUCCUCUAGCUUCUACAAAUUUGUGUGUUGACGCAGCGCGAAGGACUCAUCGUGCAACACAUCCAGAUGAUGUAAAGAUGGCUUUCGGUGAUGAGCUCCCUCACAAGUCAAUCAAAAAUAUAUUUGUUAGGCCGAAGAAGGUGAAUGGUAGUCCAUCUAGUGUGGCUAGACCAUCUGUGGGGGCCUCUUCGUCACAUAUUGCCACCCAGACCCAACCGAGUCCGACCUUACCUACUCCUCCUGCUGGUAGUCAAUUUUAUUCCCCAGAUCUCCGAUUUCCUUUACCAUACCCUAUGCAUUGUACUUUUUUUUACCCUUACUAUCCUCCAUCAUCUCAGGGAGUCCCAUCCACCUACCCAUAUUCGUUAUACACCCAACCAUUCUACUACCCAUCACCCCCUCUGCCAUUUCCAGGAGGACCAUUCACUUUUAUGAAGCAGAGACCUGAGACUACAUCAUCACCGACGACAAAUGGUCGUAUGCUCAUAAAGCCUGAGGGCGACACCUUUCAUCCGUCAGAGAAGCCAACACAUAAAAUAGAGGACAUCAUACGGAGCAAGUUUGAUGCUCCAUAUGUAUCUUGGAAGAAAAUACCCCAGGAAGUUCGGGACAUAUGGUUCAAAGAAUUUGAGAGAGAUUUUUACUGGUUACCGCAGCAUAAUGCAAAGAUUAGAAAGAAUUUUGAAAAGCGUGGAUCGACUCUCCUUCGAGACAUGUUUACAUAUAUUAGGAAGUCAGGAGAAAGAGCGCUUUGGAUUAGUGAGAGUGUGUGGGAUGAGUUGACCAGAAUUUGGGCCAGCCUAGAUGAUAGUAAAAGGAGGGAUCAAAAUAAGAUGAACAGAGCUUCAGACAUUAGGGGCAUGGGUAAUGCCCUCCAUAGUGGCGGCUCAGUUCCACACACUAAGAAUAGAAGACGAUUGAAAGAAAUACUGGGCAAGAAACCUACUGUUGAUGCGUUGAACACUCGCACCCACCAACGUCGAGAGGACCAACAGUGGGUGGAUCAUAGAACGAGGAGGGCCUUUGAAGAGUAUACACGACUUCGAGAGAGCCAUAAUGUUGCUAGUGAGGGGUCCUCCGCGGCAUCAACGAAUUGUUCUGACUACAAUAUAUGGUCACAGGAAGUAGGCAGAAUGCAUAAGGGCAGAGUUUAUGGAUUAGACUCACGGGCUCAUGCAUUUGAGGGACAGGCCUCUGGUUCAUCAAGAAUCUCAGCUAGUAACCAGGAGGGGUUAGUUAGCCAACAAGUUACUGCCUUGACAACAGAACUAGAGCAAGUGCGAAAAUCACAAAAAGUUAUGCAGAUGCAACAAAGCCGAAUGUUGGAGGAGCUACACAAAAUUAGAGAACAGUUCUGUGAAAAACAAACUGCAGAGACAGAGGAGUAGAGCAUGAAUUAUUGUAAUUUUUUGUUGGUUUUUUUAAUGUUUAAGAACGGGUGGAUUAUUGUUGAAUAAUAUACUCUAGUUUAUAUAGUACUGUAUUUGAUCAUCAAAUAAUGAUUUUUGAAUGA